AUGCCUGCUCCAGACCAUUCAUCACACCACUUCUCGGACGCUUCAGAUAUGGCGUCCAGCUCUCCGGAUGAAGUCUUUACGACGCUUGGGUGCUCGGCACCUUCCAUAAGCCCCAACAUCUCGAGAGAAGCGCUUCGAGGCAGACAGAUUCUCCGGUUUCUGAAGCAUCUCAAGACACAGAAUACCGAUGAAUCCAAACGGGUGCUGGAGAUAAUAACGGAAGCUGAAAUUGCCAAGGCCCAAGGCUACUCCGUUCUCUUUCCUCAACGGAGCAAUGAGGAGGAGUGGCCAUCUAGUUGGCUCAUUGGGAAACAUCAGCACUUUCUCACCUAUCUGCAUGGACACUUCGCCAAGUCCGCAACCCCGCCGAAACCCUUGAGAAGUCCGAAGAAGACGACCCCGAAGAAACAAGCAAGGACCACAACAGAUACUGCAAUCGACAAGGGCACCAAGAAGUCACAGAUUGAGCUUGAUCAACCCCAUGCAGUCCCUCUUAGCCAGCUGUCACCGACCAGAAUGGGGUCGGAAGAUGGAGAGUGCACAGUCCAAGAGGUAGCAGAUCUCGGCUCUAUACAAAUUAGCAGCACUGCAUCCCGUCAGGCUCAGCCGUUGCCGUCGUCCAGCCGGUUCCCACCCCAUAUAUCAGCACAGGGCAGCGGCAAUGUCCCGGGCUCGUGGCCGUUUGGUAUUGAGACUGAGGGGGAGUCCAGCACAACGGUGCAGAAAGACCAGGGACGUAGCAUCUUUGAGACAAUUGCUCGUCCUGGUCCUAGACUUUCGCCAGAAUACUAUGCCUGGGCGAAGGCGCGUGGUCAGCGGAAACGAGCCUCGAUGGAGAUGCUCGCAGCUACUUUGAGCCUCAGAGAUGUUCAAGCACAGGGAAGAAUCGCAGGUCCGGAAGUCGAUGACAGGGUAUCCAACGCCGACAGACACUUGAGGCAAGCUGAGUUGGCCCUUGUUCAAACCCUUGAUGAUUUCAAGCACUCCUUGCAGCAUGAAUCUCAAACAGGCUCAACGAGUCGAUAA